AUGGCUGCAUACGCUUACGACUCUAUAGCUAGAUGUAUGCUUCACCGCCGACUCUUGUCGGCGGGUAUCUGCUCACCACGGAUGUAUGGUUUGCACUGUAACUACACGUGUCAUUGCGAUGCUGUCGACUGCGAUGACGUCACAGGUUGUCAGCGUCGAUGUCACAGAGGAUGGCAUGGAUCAAACUGCAACGAAGAAAAUAUAGCUCUGGAUAAACCAGCAAGUCAGAGUUCACAUCACUCCAGAUGGUGGAAAAAUGCCUCACUGGCUGUAGAUGGGAAUCUUAAUCAAGGUUACCAGGCAGCAAACUUUUGUGCUCCUGGAACUUUCGGCGAUGACUGCACCUCGUUCUGUAAUUGUCUGAAUGGAUCGUGUGACUACGUAACUGGAGAAUGCACUGGAGGAUGUCAACAAAACUGGACUGGGAUAACGUGCAGUGAGUGUGAUUCUGAUCUCUAUGGUCAUCUAUGUAAUAAAUCUUGCUCCAGCAGACACUGUGAUGAAUCAAAUGCUAACUCCUCAUGUAUCAACGUCCUCAUGUAUCAAAGUGACUGGACGAUGUGA